AAAAAGCGCCUGCCGUUACUCUGGCAACGUUUGUAGUAGUUGGUUUUAGCCAUUAAGCUAACCCAGUGCGUAUUUUUCUCUCCAAUGUUUCAACUUGAUGACAAAAAUCAGGUACGGUUAUGUUUUUUGUUUUGGUGAUGUCCUUUUUGAUGAAAAAAAAAAACUGACGCCGUGGUGUGGUGUUUGUCAGCUCAGACACGUUAUGGGAGCUGGCUGCGGCGGAGGUCCACUGCAAGGAGAGCGGAGGAGAAGGAGGAGAGGACGGAGGAGAGACCGUCAACGAGAGGACCGUGUUUCUGAUGGGCAGCAAGGCUGGGGUAUGAGUUUAUCACCGUGCUGGACCACAUACAGUUGAUAGAAGACACACCAGGGCACAUAAUAUACAACCAAACCAAUAAAUCCUGUUUUCUUUCAGGGUAAAACGUCUAUUCUUCUUAGAUGUCUCGACAGGUGAGUAGGGUUUGCACGCAGAGACUGUAGCUUUAUUUAAUCUAAGUUUAUCAAGUAACCAUUCAACCAUUAGCUUUAAAUUAGCAUCCAACAUAACACUUGUGAACACAAACUGUUUGAGUAGGGGAGAGUGGGGUUAGUUGAGUCAAAGGGUAAGUUGGGUAAAGUCAUGAUAGUAGUUCUGGGGUGAAGUUGAGAAAGUCAAAGAGUCUGGUAAGAGGAUCAGAGUUUCAGUUCAGAUUGUUGAAAUGUGUUACUUUUUCUUGUCAAAAAUACAUCUGUGAAUGUUCUGAAUCACUUAAAAGGCAUUCUCAUACAAAACAGCUUUUUAGCAGUUUUAUGCAAUAAUAAUAAAAAGAAUUAUUGUACCAGUUGAAUAGUGUAUAAUAGAUAAAAAUACAUGAAUGUGAAGAAAUGACUGUUAUUUAGGGAGAGAGAAGGUGAGGGAGGGCUGCAGUGGAGUGUGUGUCUCCUAUGGUCAACUUUCCCCAUACAUGGGGUAAAUUGACCAUAGGAGACCAUUGAAAUAUAUGCAGAUAAACUAGUUAGAGGCAAAACUAUAAUUGCCUUGAUGUAGUGAUCUGAAAUAUUAAAAAUGGCUCAUCUUACCCCACUCUCCCCUAUAUAGUCUCCCCUAUCACUCUUGAAGAUUUCUUUAGAGAUUCACAGUUUUUGUUUAUAAGGAAUAACGCUUAUGAAAAGGCACAGAAAGACCCCUGAUCUAACUAAAUUUCCUGUAAAGACUGCAGUUUUGGGUUGUUCUAGAAGAGUAACUCUGUUGAUUGAUCCACCAGAGAUGAACCGGCCAAACCAACUCUGGCACUGGAGUACACUUUUGGCAGAAGAGCACGAGGACACAACACAGUAAGGAAGCUCAGUACACUUGGAUCCAUGUUUCUCAGACUGACAUUAAGACACAAAAUGAUCAUAGCUAUUCACAUAUAGACUCAUUUGAAUAUGAAAUGAUAAGGAAAGCUGUAUGAAAAGUCAACUCUUGAAAGGGGAUACAAGGAUUAGAGUCAAACCCUCAUAUCUUUGAGUUCUCCAGUACAAGAACAUGAUGCAAGAACAUGAUGUAAUCUGCACCAAGUCCUGCAGAAAUAUAAAAUUUGUCUAAAAUGGAACAUUGUCUGUAUUUUGUGAUAAAAUAGUGGUAUAAGGCUGGUGGUUUUCUCUUUCAGCCUAAAGAUAUAGCCCACCUAUGGGAACUCGGAGGAGGGAUCUCUUUGUCAGACCUGGUCCAGAUCCCCAUCACUCCUGCCAGCAUCAGGUGGGUUACUAAAACCACUUUCCAGAGGUCCUUUUGUCUCUGUCACAGCUUCCCGUUUCUCUGUUAUGUUGAAAGAGGGAGAUUUUUGUGUAUAAAUACUGUUCAUGCUAUUUAAAUUAGAAUGGCUGUGGUUCUUGGCUAGAGUCUGUCAUCUAUUAGCUGUAAAGUUGUCAGUUCAAUGCAGCCAUGUGCCGAAGUGUCCUUGAGCAAGACACUGAACCCCAAAUCGCUCCCAGUGAUGACCACAAUCAGCAGUGUGUGAAAUAGUACAAAUAAGAUCAGUAAAUACUGAUAAUACCUCUGUCAUCGCUAUUUGAAUGUGGCAUGAAUGGGUGAAUAUGACAGGCAGCGUGGAAGCACUUAGUGAUCACUGUCUCUCCUGUCUUUUCCCAGGUCUUUCACUGUCAUCCUCAUUCUGGACUUGUCUAAACCCAAUACCCUGUGGGGGACCAUGGAGAAGCUCCUGCAGGCAGCCCAAGAUCAGUUGGAGAAAGUCUUUACCCAGGCACAAAAAGGCCAGAGGACCAAAUCUGGUGCCAAACACCAGUCAGCAGCACGCGUCUUACCCAAAGACUUCCCAGUAAGACUUCACUUAUAACUAGAGUAAAUUAUGUACAUUCAUUCCAUGCAACAAAUGUACAGGAGAGGGGAGUUGAUUAAGGGUACCAGAUAGACUCCCAUGCGGCCUAUAUUGAUAUAUUUGUCUCAAACAUUUGGGUUAAAGAUAUUCAUAAAACAAAUGACAUAUAACAAUGGAAAGCCAUCAUAAAUGAGGAGUGGCUGCUGGUCUGAGUCCAGUCAAUUUCCCUGUGUGCAAAAGCAAAUUAACUGUAGCUACUGUUUGCUACUGUAUACCCAGGCUGAUUCAUGGAGCUUAAAGUACAUAAUGAAUGUAUUCAAAAUAUAAAAUACAUUAUAAGACUAGAGAUUUUUACAUCAGCUCAUUGAGUUUUGAGUUACCAUGACCUGGAUAACUCAGAAUCUCCACAGGUGUAAAAAGUGUAAAAAGUUAAAAAGUUGUUGUUCAGUACAGCUAACAGAUGGCACAUGUAUCCUGGGGUAACGGUGACUCUGUUGACAGGACAGAGAGCUGAUCAGUCCCUUUCCUGUUCCUCUGCUCAUCAUCGGCAGCAAAUAUGAUCUCUUUCAGGUAAAAUACCCAGAUAUCUAGAAAUAAAUGUGACUUAUUACCAUAUGGCCUUUUUGUAGCAUGGGGGUAGUUUGUUUGAUUGUAGUUUAAAUGACAUUGGUUAAAAUCUCACAGUUCUUAAAUUAUAUUUUCCAUCUGUAUUUCAGGAAUUUGACUCUGACAAACGGAAGGUGGUGAGCAAAACAUUGCGUUUUGUCGCCCACUACAAUGCAGCCUCUCUUAUUGUGAGUGUUCAUUUGCCUGAUACUCUUUUCAUCCGUUCAAUCGAUCUGCAACAGUUUCACUUCCUUUAACUAAGCGUUUUGCUUUUCUUGUCUCUUUUCUUCUUUGCAGUUCACAAGCAUCAAGUCUGAGAGCCUGAUGUCAAAAACCAAGGGCUUUUUCUCUCACCUGGCUUUCGGUUUAGACAGAGGGUGGGGAAGAUGAUGGCAUUUUAUCUUAAAUAUUUGAGGAUAUGGACUGGGACUGGCAUUCUUUAAUAUUCAAACGCACAUCACUUUAAUAUCAUCACUUGUAUUUGUUUUAUUUUUGUUUGUAUGUACAGGAAAACUGUGUCCAGUGACCCCACUAAGCCUCUCAUCAUUCCAGCCGGCUCUGACUCCUUCACCCAAAUAGGUGGGCACAGCACCACUCUGUGGAUAAAAGCAGUAAUGCAUUUCCAUUCAGUUAAAAAGCUCAAGCCUGGCUGUUGAUAUGAAAACGAUGUAAUAUUCUUUUCAAAUAACACUCCUGUUGUUUUAGGAUCCCCUCCUACUGCUGAUGUGGAUAUUUCCUCCCUUCAUGCCAAAAACCCAAAAGACCUCUGGAAGAAAGUCUAUGAACGAGUUUUUCCUCAAGAGGUAGUUCAAUCACUGAUAACAGUUUAUAUUUUUAUGUAAUAAACAAUUUUUUGUGGUAUUGACAUAUGAAAACUCUGACUCUGGACAUUUAUAUUGAUAUUGAUUGAAAACAAGCUGUAGAUUUUCUUUUUUCUUUUCUUUUUUUACUUAAAGUAAAAAAGUAACUGGCUUUUUGUUUACAGAAUACCAGAGAGCAAAGGGAACUGAAGGAUCCAGCCAAAGACCCACGCUACAGUGAACCUCAGAUUGAUGCCAUGAGAGCCCAGAAAGACCAGGUAUCAAAUCUUGCCUGCAUUGUUGUACUUGAUUCAUAUCCAAGCACUCUAAAACUGCAAGACACGAAUCAGAGGAAGUUAUGCAUUCAGUCUCUUCUUCGUGUGAAUCUGUCCAUAGCUAAUCUCCUCCACCUCUUAGCCCCUUAAAUGUAUAUGUGUGUGCACAUGUGUGAUCACUCAUAUCUCUUAUAUACAGUCUAUGGUUGUGACCACUGAACAGGCAAAAGAUCCCUGUUUUUGUUAUUUCUGUCACAUCUUUGUUUAAAGCACACUGGGACAGUCAAGGUUUCAACUCUUCUUUGUUUAGGGAGGGGGCUGUUUUUAGCUUAAGUGCCUCCAGACACCCCAGGGGUAGAUCUAUGUCCAAGACAAUCUAUACUACGUCAUUAUUAGCCUUGAUUAAUUACUUCUCAGGAUGAUUAGCAUCUGGUGUUCAUCUGUUUUUAUUUGGUUACUAAGAAAAUUAAUUUUGAAAAUGAAAUAUAAUUAUCUUGUUUUUUUUAUGACGGCCCUUAAAUGUCCAUAAAUGAGAUCAGCUGUUGUACCACGACACACGAUAAAGAUUCACAUCAUGUUAAUAAUCUGCCGGUAGAGACCGCUGUGUUCUGCCCUCUCCUUCACACCUAUCUUAAAGAAGAGUAAUGUCCCAGAGUAACCCUGUCCCCCUCAGAAUCCUGUGUUUAUUUACUCGUGUAUCUUUAGUGGUCUUGUUCACCGGCUGUAACAUAUUCUCCGCUCAUAACUGCAGAGAUUAGAGGUCUUCUCGCAGGCCUGCCUAGGUGCCACUCUGGCACUUGAACUGUAGUAACCUGCUGAAGUCACAACCUUGUUAUCACUGACUGAGUCUCACCUGAUGCUGCUCAUUGGUCAGCAUAUAAUGUUAUUGUUCUGUGUAACCAAUAAAAGGAAAAGGGCAAAAGGUUUAUUCCAACACUGUGUAGCACUUUUGUAAAGGUCCGUUUGCUUGUUAGGUAAGACUGGACAAGGACAUCUUUUAUGCAAACUGUUUCAUAUACUGUGUAAAUAUACUUAGAGAUAACACUUCCUCCUACCCACAUGCCAGUUUGUGCAUCUGCUAUUAUUACUAUUAAUAUUUAGUGUGUGAUAUAAAUCACCUUUAAUCUUUUUCUCAAAUUGAAGCUUGUGAUAAUUAAAAAUAACCUGCGAGGAGGUAAAAUGACAAACAGUAACUAGUAUACCACAGUUUAAGGAAACAGAGUUUUAACCUGAGCAAGAUCUUGUGAAAGUUUUUUAAAAAUAUACAGUGUUUUAUCACCUGGUUUUCCAUAUUCAGAGCUGAGAUUACAUUAAAUCAGUAGAAACGUGUGUUGCACUCUCUUAUUUGAUCAUGUUUUUACCCCACUACCUUUUGAAUUCUUUUUUUUUUUGUUCCUAAUCAAACCAACUUUUCCACUGAGGGCCCUAACUUAUCCUAUUUCAUCCUACCUGUACACCAUCUGAAUGAUUAGAUGAAAGCAAUUCACCUUAUUAAACUUAUUUUGUAAAAGGUGGUAUAAAAUGCAGAUUCUUGUCAUACCUUGGCAAAAUAAAUUGUUUACAGAUGACAAAAUCAUUACUGCAUUUACCUGAAGUGACAAAUCUGUCUUCAACCCUGUUUAAUCUGUUUACCAUUACCUGACACAAGCCUGUAAGUGUCAUGACUUUUUCCAAAGUCCAGACUAACUGGAGAAACAUGGAGAGCACUCUACAUUAAUGUAAUGACUAAUGUUUGAAACUCUUUGACUACUUGGAUUUACUUCAGUGUCUUUUUAAAUGUGUCAUGAGUCACCAGUGUUUUGGGUGUAAUGUUAUAUGUGGCCCAAAUCUUGUUUAUAUUGCUGUACUCUAAUGUUAAGAACAUGUGAGCAAUUGCUUGUACCCUUUUCAUUGUAACUCAUUAAUAUAGAAAAUCUGUAAACUUUUUUUUUUCCUUUUUUCUUGUGCCUUUGUUUUGCAGGAGUUGGAUCAGUAUAAGAGGAAUUCAGCCAAGUCAUGGAAGGGGCUAGAGCUGGACACGUGAAAAAUUACCAGAUAUAUGUUCACAUUCAUACACAACACAACAUAAUGUAAAUACAACUUUCAUUUUAAAUUUUUUAUUUCAGUUUUUUUGACAUUUUCUAAAAGGUUUGUUACUAUUUUUUGGCUCAAACUUGUACAGGUAGAGAUUUUUUCCUCAAAAUACUUAACUGAUAAAAAUGUUGAAUAUAUAUUGAAGAAAAAAUGGUUCAGAAAUAAACAUGUUUACAUAGAUGUAA